AUGGCAACGUGGCAUCUGGUGAUUCAGAGGAGGGAGGACGGCUCGGUGAACUUCUUCAGAGGAUGGGAGGCUUACAGGGACGGAUUUGGGACAACGACUGGAGAGCACUGGCUUGGUCUGCAGAGGAUCUACUCGCUCACCAGGUCAGGUGGUUUCGAGCUGCGUAUCGACAUGGCAGACUUCGAUAACGCCACAGCGUUCGCUCAGUACUCUGAAUUCUCCGUUGGUCGAGACUCCGUGAACCCCGAGGAGGACGGAUACCCGCUGACUGUGGACGGGUACUCCGGGACUGCAGGUGACUCCCUCCUCAAGCACUCGGGGAUGCGGUUCACCACCAAAGACCGCGACCAGGACCAAUCAGAGAACAACUGUGCGGCGUACUACCAGGGGGCGUGGUGGUACCGGAACUGCCACACCUCCAACUUGAAUGGGCAGUACCUGAGAGGAGGCCACGCCUCCUACGCUGACGGUGUGGAGUGGUCCAGCUGGACUGGUUGGCAGUACUCGCUUCGCUUCACGGAGAUGAAGAUCCGACCCAGACCGGAGUCCUGAACCUGGGCAGAGAGCUCAUGAUUGGUUGUGACUGUAGAUGGUUAGAGUCUGUAUGAAACUCCGCCUCCAUAAGUACAAUUGUAAAUGAUGGUAGACAGAGCGUUGAUGUGUUACUUACCUUUUUUUGUUUCAUCAAUAAACUCAUUUGACAAGA